AUUUCUCCCGCGAACCAGACCAGACUUGCCACACAUAAAUGCCCUAGGGGUAAAAAAAAAAACCAAAAACCCCAACUUCCAAGACGGACCGACGGUGCUCUACCCCCAUGGCCACCGCCUCUGCAUCCAACGCCGACGACUCCGCCGCCAACAAUGCUCCACCGUUGUCGUCGUCUUACUUUCGAAAGACAGUUUGUUUGAGAGAUUGGUGGUUGAUCAAGUCUGAACAGGACUUCAAAGGGAAGCGACUUGCCGUUGCAGGACUGACCUCUCAAGAGAAACAAGCUGUGCGAGCGUUCACCUCUGCACCUAUUCUUAACAGAAGUGACCCGUUAACUCUUGAAACAGUUGACGGGAUAUAUGUUCUUAUCGAUAGCUGCUUAAACAAGGUUCGCACAGAAGAAAAUGGAUUUCCCUAUGAGGUGUUCAGUCAUUUUGUUUUUGGUUUCCCUACUAACUGGGAGGAGUAUGCUGAGAAUUGGUUGGAGAAAGAACGUAGCAAUAAGGAUGUUUCUUCAAUCUUGGGUCGUGACAAGUUAUCCACAGAUUCAGGAACUGCUGAUGAUAUUAGUUGCGGAACUCCAAACAGAAACACAGCAGCUGUUAGUGAAGAAAGACAUGGUACCAGUGACAACAUGGAUGUAAACUCAGAAGAAAAGGGACACCAUAAACCCCAAGAUGAUAUUAGUGACGGAACCCCAGACACAAACAAAGCAGCUUUUUGUGAAGAAAGGCAUGGUACCAGUGACAAAAGGGAUGUGAGCUCAGAAGAAAAGGGACACUAUAUACCCCAAGAUGGUGCUUGUAACGACUCUUCACUUGAAGGACUUAGUCUGUCUGCAGGAAGAACGCUCAACCGUUCGUCAAGUAAAAUGAAGAGUAAGCUGAAGGGUGACCCAAAAUCUGUCAAGCCGGUAGAAUAUGAAGAAAAUAGGUUGGCUUGUGGUUCAUCGGGCAAAAAUAAUAUGAGAAAUGGUGCGAUAUGUGGAAAGAGAACAUCAGGGCGUAGAAGCACUUCCAUUCCAUCUGCAGUUGGACUUCAGCCUACAGAUUGUGAAACUGUGGGUGGAAACAUUGCCCGUCAAGCUGGUAAGCAGAGCAAGAACACAAGCAAGACACUGAGGUCUUGUGUUGGACUUAGUGAUGCGAACCAGAUAGAUGACUUAAAAAUUGCAGGCAGCAAGAAAGAAACUAAUGUUAAGGAUGCAAGCAAAUCUAGGGAGAAAACCAAAAGAAAAUUGACAUAUGAAAGUCCGGUAACCAAGAGAGGAACUGAGAAAACAACAUUUGUGUCUCCAGAAUCUUCGAGUUUCAAAAGAUCUAGAUCAGGAAGACUACUUCUACCCACCCUAGAAUUCUGGCGGAACCAAUUGGUGAUUUAUGAUGGGGAUCAUCAAAUUACUGGAAUUCAAGAAAGCCCUCGUGACGUAGAACCAUCUAGAGGGAGUAGAUCUGAACCUCAAAGAAUGCGAGGGAAGCUUCGAUGAACGUAGUGGACAGCUCCUCUGAGAGACCCUCCUUGCCAGGCAAGUACAAUUUGAUAACGACCUUGUGGGGAACUUAGAGCUGUCAUAAAACGCUUAAGAGUGUUAUCAUCUCUUUGAAAAGGAAAGAUGAGCUAUUGGGCGUAACACAAUUAGAGGUCAUCAUCUCUUGACCACUUAGCAAGAAGACCUCUUUUGAUGCCACCCUGUAUUUAGGUUUUUCCUUGUGUGGGGAAGGAACAAAAGUGAGUUACAUAUCUUGGUGAAUGGUAUUGAAACUCAAAGUUAUUCACCCACCUAUUCAGACCCUGUGUUUGUACAAACUCUGCGAUUGGGCAGUAACAAGAUGAGUUGGAUAGGACGCGACGAAUGAACAGAACACUUCAGCGUAGAAGUUACCUGAAUUCACAGAAAGAAAAACGGAAAUGUAUACCGCAAAUGGAAUGUGUUUCCCUGUUAGGCUGACUCUUGUUGUACGUUUGGCAUUGGAUGGUUCAACUAGGAGGAAAUUGUUACUGUUGUCAAUGCGAUACUGUGGGAAAUUAUGUACAGCGUAAAAGUUGCGGGGAGAAGAAAGCAAUUCUUUUUCACAUUUUUACCCUACCUUUUGGUUUCAUGAAUUUUAACAUGAAAUGGUUUCCUCUUGUUGGCAGAUUGAUAAAGAGAGUGAAGAUACUUCCGAUGGAUGAGUUUAAAAUGGCCUAUUUUUAUCAGAUUGCCCGUUUUGUGUACUUUUGUAUAGCUAACUAGUUCUUUUGGGGUUCGGGGGCUGUUUUGUAAGUUACCGGAUUCAUGUACAUAAAGCUUAUCUAGUACAGGAAUGGUCUUCAAUUGCAGCAUCAACUUGUCUUGCCAGUGAUGAUGCCCACAUUGAUGGUCCUUUUUAACUUUUUCCCAGAUGUUACUAUUGUCAUUCCAUUAGCCGCAAUUUGCCAUGCAUCAGUGGUAGAGGGUUGUUUCAUC